CACACUCUUCGAUCAUCUCCGUCGUUAUACGUUGGGCAAGAAGCGUUAGAUCGAUGGACGAGUCGGGCAAUGAGCAGUUGCCAAACUCAAGCUCCUCCCAGUCUCAGUACAGGGGCGUGAGGAAGAGGAAAUGGGGCAAGUGGGUGUCGGAGAUCCGGCAGCCCGGCACCAAGACCCGCAUCUGGCUCGGCAGCUUCGAGUCGGCCGAGAUGGCCGCGGUGGCGCACGACGUGGCGGCGCUGCGGCUGCGUGGCCGGGACGCGCAGCUCAACUUCCCGGGGUCGGUGGACCGGCUGCCCCGGCCGGCGAGCUCGCACCCGGACGACGUCCGCGCCGCGGCGGCGGAGGCGGCCGAGCUCGUGCGGGGCGAGCCGGCGCUGGUGGCGCGGGGGCAAGGCGAGUGCCCCGGGUGGGAGCUGGUGGGCGGGAGAGGGAGCGACGAGGAGUUCGAGGUGGACUCGCCCAGGCUAUGGGCCGAGAUGGCGGAGGCCAUGCUGCUGGAGCCGCCAGCAUGGGCCACGGGCGCCAGCGAGAUGGACCAGGGCGCGCACUGCUGGUCGCACGGGUCCCUCUGGGACGCCUACUAAGCUCGGCCCGCGGGCCGAUGUGUAUGGCCGUUAAUUAGGGGUACGUACGGUACGUGCCAUUGACCUCAGUACCUCGCAACUCCUUUCUCUGGAGAGGGGUACAUGGAGUCGACGCCCAACGUGAGGCGUUCGAGCCUCGCGGGGCUACUCAGAAUUGGCCUCGGUGUGUGCGCGAGUGUGUUAUGUGUGUGUUUUCUUUUCGUUCCGUUUGGCUUGAGAUCCUUUGCGGCAUCAUAUCGGCCUGUAUCGGGUUUGUUAGUCAGCUCAUUACCCGCAGAUAAUCCGGGAUUCUAAGUUACUCAUGGUAGUGAUCCUUUGAGCUUAUUUAUGGGAAAGUCAUCUUCUUA